GUCGGACGUUCCAUUGGCUGAUACCACCUUGAGUUGCCAGUCUCGUGUUGAACACACAGGUUCCUCAGUUUCUUGUGCUCUUCUUACUCUGCCUCCACGCAUCAGCUUCAGCUUGAAGAGGGACACAUUAUUCACGACAGCAGCACACCACUUAGGUACUAGAGCUAAGGAAUACUGUUACAUAAAUGAAUUAUAAUUUUUUAUAUGUUUCUCGGACUGUGACUAGCAUACAUUGUUUUGUAGGCGCACGUCCAUAUUUUAACUGAUUUGGCAUUUAACGCUUCCGUUAAGUUAAUUUUUUUAACGGCUCUUAUGACACAUGUAAACAGUUGCAAUGUCUCUGUAGUUCCUCUAAAUUUCACUUUUCUAAUAUUUUAAUUCAUUAAAGCUAUUUUUAAAAAUUGCCAAGAUAUAUUUAUAUCGAAUCGAAUGCUAUGCAAUAAUGUGUUCCUUGCCAUUUUAGGCAACUGUUCGUUGUUUUGACUUGGAUAUCAUAGCAAAAUGGCGCACGGUUAUGACGUUCCUCUGACGUGUGACCUCGAUCCAAGGUUGCAGUGCCCGAUUUGUCUCCUCGUCUUGUGUAACGCCAUCCAGACCACUUGCGGGCACAGAUUUUGUGAGGCGUGCAUCAAGAAAGUCAUCUUGUAAGUUGUCCUCAAAAGUCUGGUCGCUACUUGUAGAAAAGUUCAAACAAGUGGGCCCCUUUUGGUUGGCUGUCUGCUGUUGAUCGUUUGCACUUUCAAGCUGUCUCACCUCAAUUGGCAAAUAGCGUAAUGUCAUUUAAAUUUAACAAUUUAAGAUAAUAUACCUACAGCCAUCUAAUCACUACUUCCUUACGAUCCUACACAAAUUCAUUUCAGUUUAUAUAAUCUCUAAAACCUAUCCCAAAUUUAUUACUUUUAAAUAAAGUUCAAGUCCGUCUCUACGUCUUUAGUUGUACCUUUGACAACACCACGUGACCAAUCGAAAAAUAAAUAUAUAUUUUUUUAUUUUUUUGUAACAAAUUUAUUUUCAGAAGCAAAAACUCAAUACUGACUUGCCCAAUUGAUAAAACGUUUUCAAAAGUUGAAGAGGUGAGAGAUUUGCAUGUUUUGUUUACUUGGAAUUGUUAUCUCGAUUAUUUUAAGAUAUUUUUACAACAAUUAACCUUAUAACUAUGUUCCUAAGGUAACGUACAUUGUUGUUUACAUAAAAUGAUAGCCAUUGAAUGUUGGAUACACUCCUAGCAAUGCAAGUGACGUACCAUACAGCACAUAGAGGUGGAGCUCUGUAAAGCACCGAGGUGGAGCUCUCCAAAUCCCUGAGAGGUGAAGCUCUCCAGAGAGGUGAAGCUCUCCAGGAGCAUCGACGUGCGCCUCUACAUGGCACAGGGGGAUGCGCCUCUACAAGGCACAGGGGGGUGUGCCUCUACAAGGCACAGGGGGAUGCGCCUCUACAAGGCACAGGGGGAUGCGCCUCUACAAGGCACAUGGGGAUGCGCCUCUACAAGGCACAGGGGGAUGCGCCUCUACAAGGCACAUGGGGAUGCGCCUCUAGGCACAGGGGGAUGCGCCUCUACAAGGCACAGGGGGAUGCGCCUCUACAAGGCACAGGGGGAUGCGCCUCUACAAGGCACAGGGGGAUGCGCCUCUACAAGGCACAUGGGGAUGCGCCUCUACAAGGCACAUGGGGAUGCGCCUCUACAAGGCACAUGGGGAUGCGCCUCUACAAGGCACAUAGAGGUGCACGUCGCCAGAAAUUUCGCAACGCUGCUGCUCUGACUCCACUCAAGUAUAUAGUCUCGCAUUGUUCUACUUGGUGUAUUGUAUUAUAGUAUUUUUAAGAGUACCAACUGUUUACACUGAUAUUCCAGAUAUUUCCAGACGUGGCCACCAGGAGAGAAGUUUUGUCACUGGCUAUCAAAUGCACAAACCACAACGAGGGUUGCACGUGGCAAGGAGAGCUCAGAGAAUUACAGGUCAGAUAGGUCAUUGUUAAACAGGUCAGAUAGGUCAUUGUUAACAAGCUGAUUUGUACAAUCUAUUCUUUGAUUACACGCAAUAUAUGUAUUCAUGGUUGAUUAAACACGUGUUCAUGGUUGAUUACACAAAGGAUUUAUGGUUGAUACAUUUGAUUGAUUCAAAUUAAGUACAAGGCUUGUGCCUGGAAAUACAAUUAAGACUUUACCAAAAAUAUUGUGACCAGCUUUCUCCAUUUACCAAAAAGGGAGGAGAUAGCAGAGACAAGGUGUUAUCUGAAACAUGAAAUUUAACUUCCGACUUUCUCAUUUGCUUAGUCCAUUUCAUGCCAAUUUCUACCAAUAUGAAUUCUUCCAUAAAAUUUCUUCCAGGGUGUUUCUUCUACCAAUAUAUAUUGUUUUUAGUGUUUUUAGUGUGACAGCACCAUCACACUGUGUGUAGCAACGGUUUUAUUUUUUUGUUACAGAACCAUCACACUGUUUGUAGCAAGGAGAAGGUCGUCUGCUCCAACGGAUGUGGCGCCAAGUGUCGCCGGGCAGACAUUGACGAACACUUGCACCAGUGCCCGUCCCGUCAGGUGCACUGUUUGUUCUGUGGUGAAAAUCUGCUGCACUGCAAAAUGAUCGUAAGAUAUCUUUAUCCUCGUGACCGUAGUCCAGGCAUUGAUCGCUCUUUUUUUCCCAGUCCCUACUUUGUUUAGAAACGUAAAGAUAAAUAAUUGCCCGAACAUUGACAUAAGGCAAAUUAGAAAUAGAUCUAGUUAACUUUUUUUUUUUACCUAAGUUGCACAACUUUCAUGUUCUAGAGCCACACCGAGAAAUGCCCCAAGGCCCCUGUAACGUGCACCCUGUGUGGUGAUGACAAGCUGAUCAGAGCUGAAAUCGGACAGCACCAAGACCCAGUGGUGGGCGUAUGCCCUAAAGCCAUCAUCACUUGUCCAUUUACUUCAACAGGCUGUUCCUUCAAGGUAUAAGACGCCGCACCAGUGAAAAAAAUUCAGCUUCAUUACUAUCGAAGCGUCUUAAAUCAAGAAUAUCAAAUGUGAAUGACAAAGGUUUAGAUAAGUUUAUCUAAACUGGUCCAUUUACUUUUACAAGGUUAUCUAAACUGGUCCAUUUACUUUUACAAGUUUAUCUAAACUGGUCCAUUUACUUUUACAAGUUUAUAUAAACUGGUCCAUUUACUUUACAAGUUUAUAUAAACUGGUCCAUUUACUUUUACAAGUUUAUAUAAACUGGUCCAUUUACUUUUACAAGUUUAUCUAAACUGGUCCAUUUACUUUUACAAGUUUAAAUAAACUGGUCCAUUUACUUUUACAAGUUUAUAUAAACUGGUCCAUUUACUUUUACAAGUUUAUAUAAACUGGUCCAUUUACUUUUACAAGUUUAUAUAAACUGGUCCAUUUACUUUUACAAACAUUUUUUAAGAUUGGAAACAUUUUAGAAAUGUCGCAUUUGAUAGUUUAACCAAAUCUAUCUCCGUGUAUAGGCCGAGCGUCACAAAGUAGAGCAGCACACCAAGGAGUUGGGCUCACUGUAUCAACACAUGGAGAUGGCUGGGCGGAAGAUUGCAGAACAUUGCAACAUUAUCAAAGAGUUGCAGAAGGAACUUGUUGGAACUACAAAGUAGGUCAUCUUCUAGUUGCCGAUACAAAGUAGAUCAUUUUCUUGUUGCCGCUACAAAGUAGAUCAUCUCCUUGUUACCACUACAAAGUAGGUCAACAUCUUGUUGCCACUACAAAGUAGGUCACCUUUGAUCUUUGUCUACACAUGAAGCUAUGUAUUUGUCUAUCAUUGGAACAAUGUCUUUGUCUAUCAUUGGAACAAUGUCUUUGUCUAUCAUUGGAACAAUGUCUUUGUCUAUCAUUGGAACAAUGUCUUUGUCUAUCAUUGGAACAAUGUCUUUGUCUAUCAUUGGAACAAUGUCUUUGUCUAUCAUUGGAACAAUGUCUUUGUCUAUCAUUGGAACAAUGUCUUUGUCUAUCAUUGGAACAAUGUCUUUGUCUAUCAUUGGAACAAUGUCUUUGUCUAUCAUUGGAACAAUGUCUUUGUCUAUCAUUGGAACAAUGUCUUUGUCUAUCAUUGGAACAAUGUCUUUGUCUAUCAUUGGAACAAUGUCUUUGUCUAUCAUUGGAACAAUGUCUUUGUCCACACAUGAAGCUAUGUCUUUGUCUAUCACUAGAACAAUGUCUUCGUCUAUCAUUGGAGCAAUGUCUUUCUCCACGCUUGAAAAUGCUUAUCCAUACAAAUGUACAGUUCUCAUUAAAUCUCUCUAGAAAAGCCACUGAGGCUUACGAACUGCUCAUGGCAAAUCAACGCAACCAAUCACAGAUGUCCAAGGAGAUCAGAGACCGUAAUGUGACGGGCAAACUUCAUUGGAAGGUCAAGGUUGGCCAGCAAAGAAAUCCUCGCACCAGCUACUGCAGUCCGUCAUUCUACACCGGCUGCCCGGGAUACAAGGUGAGUUAAUCUGUCGUUGAUACAGCUGGAUACUAUGUGUAGCACAAUCGUUAGUCUUGAGUCUAUAUUUUAUGGCUUUGACCUUGGGUCACUUGUGGGAGCAGCGAUGUGAAUUUGGCAUGAUUUUCAGAUUACCGGUAGUUAAAUGAUUGACUUGUGUUACAGAUUAGUCAAGGCCUGAGAGCAAGUUAAAUUUAUAAAUUAUCUUCUGGCUAAUUUCAAGGAAAGCGUUAGAUUUGACCUAUGAACUGUCCUUUCAGGUUCAACUGACUUUGGACAUGGACGGACACAAGGAAGGUCACGUCAGGUACACCAGUCUUAGUGUCACGCUGCUACCAGGAGAGUACGACGACGAUAUUGUCUUCCCGUUCAAUGCCACGUGUUACGUGACCCUUUAUGACCAGGUCAGUUGUUUACUAAUUUAAGUACCUUGACAGAUUUCUAUUUAUAAAUUUAACUACUACUACGCCUGAUUUAAUGUCGGCCAGUUAAUGUUGGGAUGACAACCAGGAUAAGUCUAGAUUUUUUUUUUAAAUUCUGUAAUUGUCUUUGCAUGCUGUUUUUGUGAUACCUAUAAGUCUAAAGACUUAAGAGAAUAAGUCUAAAGACUUAAGAGACUUAAGACUUAAGUUUUUAUUAUUUUUAUCAUUAUUAUUAUUCAUGCAAGCCUGUGUUAAUAUUGUAAGUUACUAACGCCGAAUAUUUAAUUAGAUAUGAUUGAACUACAAAUUUCAUUAUUUUGUGUGACGGAUAAUAACGUCAUAAUUCGAGAGCUUUAUGAGCAUAUAUUGAUGUAGAUUAUUUAAUUAUGACAAGCCCGAUAACUAACUAAACAUAACUCUUGCUGACGUCUGCAGGCAAACGCUUCCUCUCGUCGUGUCAACCUGACCCAGGAGAUAGUGCUGCGGGAAGUUCCCAGAAACAACAGGGGACAAUCAGGGGACAGAAUCUACAGGAGGGGUAAGAGUUCAAAAUAAACAAAAUAAUAAUAAUAAUAAAGUUCAUUUCAAAAACACGCUUCAUCCCCAAAGGCUCGAAGCGCGGUACAAAGUCAACAAAAAACAAAUCCAUAAUUUAACACAUUUAAAACAAACGCAACACUACAAAAUCUAAUUACAAGCAUACAAUGGCAAAUUCUUUCUAGCCAUUUCAACCAUACGCAACAUAAAUAAAUCAUGGGUUGUGUAAAAAUCAACAAUCGGUUAUCGGUUUCAAAAUCGAUUACCCGAUUUCCGGUUAUCGUUAACAUCUUAAGUUUUUUUUAUUACGUCUCCAGUCGCCGUAGUAAAAUGUUAGUUUGAAACACUUCUCCGCCUUUCAAACACUGUUCGACCUUUUCUGUUUCAGAGAAUAACAAAUACAUCAGCCGCUACGAGCUGAUGGGCAGACAAUCUCGCUUCCUCAAGAACGGCUUCCUGCACUUCGAAAUUACAGUUCUGCACUCCUUCUACCCACCCCCUGAAGCCUCGCACGCGCCAGCCUGUCUUAACAAUCUCUUCGGUCACGGAUCUUUCAUCAUCCACACGCCUACCAGGCCACAAGUUCCUCCUCCAGCUCAGCCCCCGGUAAUGGGUGUGGCAUCAUUGGCUAUUGGGAAUUAGACAUUUUCCCCAUAAACUUUUUGCGGAAAUGUAUAAAAUGAUACAGGGUUUACCCGUUUUUUUGUAAAUAUUUUUAUAUUAUUCACUGUCCCCUACAACACAUCGGAAAUUUUUUAUCAUUUAUUUAAACUGAUAAUUUUUAAAAUAGUUUGUUUUAGACAAAUCUGUUGCACCAUGACAUUUGUUUAGCUGCGCGUCUGUGUUAAUUUUAAAUUUCAGUAUGCAAUUUUUUGAAUAUAUAUGUAAAAUUAUGUUUAAUGUAAUUGAAAACCCUGCAAUUAAGUCCAAAAGUGUUUUUGUAUCCAUGUCCC